CUAUAAAAAACAAAAGGCAAAUCGCAGAUUCAAGGCUAUGGCGGCGGCGAUGCGAUUUGCGGCCGGAGUCCAGCGAGCCCAGUCCGUUUACAAAGCCGUCGUCUCGCCGCUGGUUGAGGGUGAGCGUCGCCGGCUGAUGCCAAGGCUUAUCAACGGCGGCCGACCUGCGUAUUUUCCUCAAAGAUCUAUGUCCUCGGGCGGCGACGGCUGCAACACCGCUUUGAAGCAACCCUGUGCAAAACCCGCGCUAGACCUCGACGCCAAGAGAGCAUGGGGCCGUCGUCAGAUAGCAGAAAUCGAGACCAAGAAACACGAUCUCUUCUACCAGCUCGCUGAGCUUGAUAGCAGAUUCCCCUCGCGUAACAAGUACUUCCGAGAGAACAGGGAGCUUAUCCACCAUCUCUUCGGACACAUUGAGCCCAAUCCCAGUGACACCCUAUGGCGCUUCUGUCGUGCAAGAGAAAGAUUGAAUAAAUGGCUGGUAUAUGGACUGCCUACAAUGCUUGCCACUUGGAUGUAUCUGGAUUCGGAUGGAUGGAAAGAGAUGUUUGCUGAUAUCCUUGGAGUUAGUAGCUAACCUUAUCUAGCACAGUGUUUGAAGCCGGCCAAUUAAAAGUGUUCACUUUAAAGAAAUUCACUCCAAUGUAGAGUAUAAAACUACUAGUAGAAGUGAGGACUGCUGCUCGCCUUAUGAGCCAAGUGAUUCGUCGUUCUCGUUGCCAUAAAGAAGUGACAUGUUAACUGGAUGUUGUAAUCCGAAUCUGUUCUCCUUAUAUGGUGUUAUCCAGGUGUUGUUUA